UGACGUAAAAUUGAUUAUUGGUAUCGAUUAAAACGGCCCUUCCUGCCAGAUAUAAAAGAGGCCAAGAACAGUGAGUUUCAUCACAACUUCAAAAUCAUGACGUUCCUCUGGUUAACUACCUGCACAUUGUUGCUUGGCAGUGUCUUUUCAGAAGAUGCCCCAAAGCUGGGCGCUAUAAUAGAUAAUGGCGGUGUUCUGCCCCCACUUGAAGGUGGAGGCAAUGGCGGUGUUCUGCCCCCAAUCGAAGGUGGAGGCAAUGGCGGUGUUCUGCCCCCAGUCGAAGGUGGAGGCAAUGGCGGUGUUCUGCCCCCAAUCGAAGGUGGAGGCAAUGGCGUUGUUCUGCCCCCAAUCGAAGGUGGAGGCAAUGGCGUUGUUCUGCCCCCAGUCGAAGGUGGAGACGGUGGCGGUGGCGGUGGCGCAGGAGAUGGCCAACUAGGAGGUGGUGGUGACGGGGACCAGCCAGUCAAACUGUGCACUUUUGAUGAUAACACAUGGUGCAGCAUGGAGCGCGAUGGUUCGGAACACAGAUGGAGUUUAGAUGCCUCUGGUUCCUCCCCAUCUCCCAGCGGUGACCACACAAGUGGGUCAGGUGUCUACGCCCGAUUCUUCGUUGCCGUAGCAGAGAUAGCGGAUUUUGACCGCUACUCCCUGUUGACAGUCUACAGGACGGAGGAGAAGAGCGACUACUGCCUGUCCUUUUGGUACCAGAUGGAUGGAGAAAGCCAGGGAAGGAUCACGGUGACAGGGGGGCCCAAGAGGGAGCAGAUAGCCAACGGACACCAGGGCAAGGACUGGAAGGAGGGAAAAUUCACCAUGAAUGCUGUAGCUGCAGGGCAACCAGUCAAGAUUAUUGCGCAAUAUCCAGGCGGGACGUUUGGAGCCAUAAACUUGGAUGACAUAAAGAUCACAAAGGGUGCCUGCUAGAUGAAGAAGAUUUAUAAUGGCAUGUUUUUCUUUGUAAUUGGAGCUAGAAUAAGAAAACCUCCUAUUAACAUGA